AUGUUGACCAUUACUCAGUCUUCCCUCGCUUUAUUGCUCAUUGCAUCAGCAACUUCCAAUCCUUUUAUUGGAGCUAGUAACCUUCGUCAGCGUCACCUUGCUACCAAUACUUAUACAGCCUAUGAAGACUAUGCUAUGAUCAUGCUAAAUGCCGUGAACAAACAACGUGCAACACAGGGUUUGUCACCGCUGUGUCUUAACAAGAAAUUACAUGACGCUGCUCAGCGUCAUUCGGACGACAUGGCUGCUAAUGACUACAUGGACCACACUGGAACAGACGGUUCAGCCUUGUCGGACCGUAUUACAGACGCCGGUUACGACUGGAAUGCUGUGGCUGAAAACGUAGCUGCUGGACAGGAGGAUGUGGCCGCCGUAAUGGAGGCAUGGAUUAAUUCUCCAGGGCAUUUGGAAAACAUCAUGGGUGAUUACACAAUGUUUGCCUCUGCGUAUGCAUUUAGCGCGGAGGGCAAGUACCAUUAUUACUGGACACAAGAUUUUGCCUCGGGGGAUGCAGAGGCAUGCGACGAUACGAUGACGACUCAAGAUUCUACGCAAACAAUUGAGCAGGUGCAGAAUGAGGAGACUUCCGCGCCAAAAGACGUUGUGGAACGUUCGGUCACGAAUGCACCCGUCACCGAGGCACCUGUCACUGAAGCAGCUGUCACUGAGACAUCAACCACCGAGGCACCUCCUAUGCCUGCUCUGAUCGUUUCAAUAGACAAAACGAAAAGCAAGGACUGCGAGUCGCACUUUUGA